CGCGCUCCUCCCUUCCCCUCCCCACGCCUUUCCCAGCCCGGGAGCGCUCGGUGCAGCCAGCCCGGCUCCCGGCGUUCACCUGCCUGUACCUGCCCCUCCGCACGCCCAGCCCCUGCCUUCCAUCUUGGCCCAGCCCGGCUCCUCUCCUGCUGCCUUCCCCGGAGAGAGGUUCUGCUCCGAAGCGACCCAGGACAGGACCAGCCACCCCCCCACCCAGACCCGGCGCCGGCCAUGGGUCCCUGCUGAGCCACUCGGGGUGGAGGUAGGAAGUGGGGAAAAGUCACCACGAUCCAGCCAUGGGCAGCAAGGAGCGCUACCACUGGCAGGCGCAGAAUGUCAAGCACAGCGGGGUGGACGACAUGGUGCUGCUGGCCAAGAUCAGCGAGGACGCCAUCGUGGAGAACCUCAAGAAACGCUUCCUGGAUGACUACAUCUUCACGUACAUCGGGCCGGUCCUCAUCUCCGUCAACCCUUUCAAACAGCUGCCCUACUUCACCGAUCGCGAGAUUGACAUGUACCAGGGAGCUGCCCAGUACGAGAACCCGCCCCACAUCUAUGCCCUGGCCGAUAACAUGUACCGCAACAUGCUGAUCGACGGGGAGAACCAGUGCGUCAUCAUCAGUGGGGAGAGCGGCGCUGGCAAGACGGUGGCGGCCAAAUACAUCAUGAGCUACAUCUCCAAGGUGUCCGGCGGGGGCCCCAAAGUGCAGCACGUCAAGGACAUCAUCCUGAAAUCCAACCCGCUCCUGGAGGCCUUUGGAAACGCCAAGACCGUUCGCAACAAUAACUCCAGCCGCUUCGGCAAGUACUUCGAGAUCCAGUUCAGCCGAGGCGGGGAGCCCGACGGGGGCAAGAUCUCCAACUUCCUGCUGGAGAAGUCACGGGUGGUGAGCCAGAACCCCGGCGAGAGGAGCUUCCACGUCUACUACCAGCUGCUGGAGGGCGCCUCCCCGGAGCAGCGGGAGAACCUGGGCGUCACCAGCCCGGAUUAUUAUUACUACCUCAACCAGUCGGCGUCCUACAAGGUGGACGACAUGAACGACCGGCAGGAGUUCCAGGAGACGCUGGCGGCCAUGGAGGUGGUGGGGCUCUCUGGGGAGGAGCAGGCCCUGGUGCUGCAGAUCGUGGCCGGGAUCCUUCACCUGGGCAACAUCAGCUUCCGGGAGGAGGGGAACUACGCCGCCGUGGAGAGCGAGGACUUCCUGGCUUUCCCCACCUACCUCCUGGGCAUCGACCAGGGCCGGCUGAAGGAGAAGCUGACCAGCCGGAAGAUGGACAGCCGGUGGGGCGGCAAGUCGGAGGUGAUCGACGUGACGCUCAACGCCGAGCAGGCCAGCUUCACCCGCGACGCCCUCGCCAAGGCGCUCUACUCCCGGCUCUUCGACUACCUGGUGGACGCUGUCAACAAAGCGAUGCAGAAGGACUACGAGGAAUAUAACGUCGGGGUGCUGGACAUUUACGGCUUCGAGAUCUUCCAGAAAAACGGCUUUGAGCAAUUCUGCAUCAACUUUGUGAACGAGAAGCUGCAGCAGAUUUUCAUUGAGCUCACCCUGAAGGCAGAGCAGGAGGAGUACGUCCAGGAAGGGAUUCGCUGGAGCCCCAUCGAUUAUUUCAACAACAAGAUCGUCUGCGAUCUGAUCGAGAGCAAAGUGAACCCGCCGGGGCUCAUGAGCAUCCUGGACGACGUGUGCGCCACCAUGCACGCCAAGGGCGAGGGCGCCGACCAGAGCCUGCUGCAGAAGCUGCAGAUGGCCGUGGGCACCCACCAGCACUUCAACAGCUGGAACAAGGGCUUCAUCAUCCACCACUACGCCGGCAAGGUCUCCUACGACGUGGAGGGAUUCUGUGAGCGAAACCGCGACGUGCUCUUCAUCGACCUCAUCGAGCUGAUGCAGAGCAGUGAGCUCCCCUUCAUCCGAGACCUCUUUCCCGAGAACAUCAACGCGGAGAAGAAAGGGCGCCCCACCACAGCUGGGAGCAAGAUCAAGAAACAAGCGAACGACCUGGUGGGCACCCUGACGAAGUGCACCCCCCACUACAUCCGCUGCAUCAAACCCAACGAGACCAAGAGACCCCGCGACUGGGAGGAGAGCAGGGUGAAGCACCAGGUGGAAUACCUGGGCCUGCGGGAGAACAUCCGGGUGCGCCGGGCUGGCUACGCCUACCGGCGGGUCUUCCAGAAGUUCCUGCAGAGGUACGCCAUCCUCACCCCCGAGACAUGGCCGGCCUGGCGCGGGGACGAGAAGCAGGGUGUGGUGCACCUGCUGCGCUCCGUCAACAUGGACCCAGACCAGUACCAGCUGGGCCAGGGCAAGGUCUUCAUCAAGGCCCCAGAGUCUCUGUUCCUGCUGGAGGAGAUGCGGGAGCGGCGUUACGACGGAUACGCCCGGGUCAUCCAGAAGGCCUGGCGCAAGCACGUGGCCGUGCGCAAGUACAUCCGCAUGAGGGAGGAAGCCUCCAACAUCCUGCUGAACAAGAAGGAGCGCCGGCGCAACAGCCUCAACCGCAACUUCGUGGGCGACUACAUUGGGCUGGAGAGCCGGCCCGAGCUGCGGCGCUUCGUGGGCCGGCGUGACCGCGUGGACUUCGCCGACACCGUCACCAAGUACGACCGGCGCUUCAAGAGGGUGAAGCGGGACCUGAUCCUGACGCCCCGGUUCCUGUACCUCAUCGGGCGGGAGAAGGUGAAGCAGGGCCCUGAGAAGGGGACGAUCAAGGAGGUGCUGAAGCGGCAGGUGGAGCUGGAGAGGAUCCAGUCGGUGUCUCUGAGCACCUUGCAGGACGACUUCCUCAUCGUCCACGAGCAACAGUACGACAGCGUCCUGGAGUCCGUCUUCAAGACGGAGCUGCUGAGCCUGCUGUGUAAACGCUACGAGGAGAGGACCCGCCAGCAGCUGUCCGUGAAGUUCAGCAACCAGCUGGAGUUCAAGGUCAAGAAGGACGGCUGGGGCCCCUGGGGGGCAGCGGGCUCCCGCCAGAUCCAGUUCCAGAUCUGCCAGGGCGACGUGGCGCUGCUCCGGAACAACGGGAAGGUGCUGAUCGUCAGCAUCGGGCCCGGGCUGCCCAGGAACGCCCGGCCCACGCGGCGGGACACCAGGAAGAGCAGGUACCUGAACAGCAGCAGCAUCCCCGGCCGGAACCACCCCCCUGCGGCAGGCAGAGAGCGGAGCGACGCCAGCCGGCGCGGCGGCCCUGGGUCCCGCGCCUCUCUCCAGCACCGUCUCUCCCUCGCCCGGCAGGGCAGCAUGGAGCAGCCCACCCUGCCCAGGCAUGGAGCCAGCACCAGGGCCAAGGCCUUCCCUGCCCAGCUCAACCUGGACUUCAUGAACGUGCCGGACCAGGGCGCGGCCGGCUGGCAGCGGAGGCUCUCGAAAGAAGCCAAGCCCGUCCCUGGAGGCGGCCGAGCCAAACCCAAGCCGAAGCCCAAGCCCCAGCCGCGCCUGCCCCAGUGCCGCGCCCUCUACGCCUACGAUGCCCAGGACACAGACGAGCUCAGCUUCAACGCCGACGAAUACAUUGAACUCAUUAGAGAAGACCCCUCAGGCUGGUGGCAGGGCAGGAUACGAGGGAAAGAAGGGCUGUUCCCCGGGAACUACGUGGAAAAACUCUGAUGGACGUGCCAGCUUCAUUGCUCCGAUGCUGACCCUGGAAUCUAGGAGGGAAGAGACGUGUCUGCAGGAUCCACUCAGCCUUGCUCCUGGAUUAUACAUUGCUGCAGGGCUUGAUUAAGGCCACUAAUUUAAGGCAAUUGAGCAGGAGGAUCAUGUUGAGAGUCUUCUUCCUCUGAGGUCUUCUGCUCUGGGGAGGAUGCAGGUUAGCUUGUCUGUCCUCCUCACCGAGGAGCAACUCAGCAGGCAUUGGGUCUCCCUUCUCAGGAACCAGCACCUACUGCUUGGACUCACCGGGACAAGACCAGCUGCUCGGUCUUGUUGUGCAGGGUAAAAAAAAAAAAAAAAAAAGUCUCCUUCCUCCACAACUGUAUAAAAAGAAUAAAUUGAUGGUUUAUUUUCUACACUAACCUCUGCUCCGCUUUCAAAAACAGCUGUAGCUUUUUAACUCAACUCUGUACCGACAAAGCGAGCACACCUCCAGCCUGGUGGAAGCUGAGUCCGUGUUUCCAUCAGCUCCCAUUUGGAACUGGGGAGCCGGACCUUCUCAGGUGUUAUUGGACAAGGCCAGCGGGCAGUAGAAGGCUGCCCGGCUACCUUAGAGAGAUUUCCUUGAAAGCCUCCAAUUCCUCUUCGGUAAUAGUUACUACUAAAGGAAAACUGCCAUCUAAUCAAUUGCACCAUGUAAUCAAAACUGCCACAUAAUCAAAUGCGCCAUUUUGGCAGGCAGAGCAGGACACAGGAAACUCAUCAGUGGAAUGACCGAAGAGCAGGUUUCCUGGGGUUAAGUUCAGCUGAUGUGUUGUGCUUUUUUACCUGACCCUGCAGGGAGGUGUCUCCUCCAGUCCCAGGUAGCUAUGGAAUAGUUGGAAGACUCAGAUGCUCCUAAAACCCUAGGUAAAUAGUGGAGUGAGUUUUCCCUUCAAACAAAAGGCAACUGCAAGUGGAUGGCAGAACUGGGCCGGUUCAGUAACAGAAAAGCUACAUGAGUCCCCAACGCUAAAAGUGCCUGCGCUGAAGCCCGUGUCAGGGGAGAUGGACACUGCUCCAGCUGCGGCAGAUUUCAUUCAUUUUUAAAAGGCAGCAUUAUCACAUUAUUUCCUCUGCAUUGAGACUGCAGGGAGCUUUCAUUCUAAGUGUCUGCUUUGACGUGUCUAGGCACCGGACUGCAAUCCAGAAUGAAAAUCCAUUGUCUUAAAAGAACAGUUCGUUUCCUACCCCGUUGCUUGUCAGAGAGAUUUUAACGAGCCUCUUCCUUAGCUCAGUCCCAGACAGCAUAAAUCCUCUAGUUUUGGAUAUUCUCACAAAACUCACAUGUAGACAGUGCAAAUGCCACAUACCUGGGUUAAAGGGGGAAAGUUUCCAAAAAACCCUGUAAGUAGAGAGUCUUUAACAGCUCAGCUGAGCCCUGCCCUGGUGACGAAAGUCAGCCUAAUUGCUCCGCAGCUGGCUACGCACCAGUAGUUCAAAUCCAAUUUUAACUAGAUCAACAGUAGUAGCAGAAUGCUGGCCUGUGUAGUGAGCUCUUUGCUAGCCCUUAAAAAAAACAACACACUUCUACUUUCCUGUAGCCAAAGUUCAUCCCUCCUUUUAUUGUACUGCUGCUUCCCGGAAGAUCCUGCAGCCUAUGCAAAAAAGAUGCAAUUUUUAAACCCUUAUUGCCAGGCAAAUCUGGUCUUUGCAGGAUUACCGUGUUCCCAUCAGGUACCAUCCCUCCAGGUUCUUACAGAGCGAGUUAAGAGGUAAGACUGCCCCCCACUCUAUGCCUUAAUACAACACAAACCAAGCCACUUUGGCAGUGAACCAGUUGGUACCCAGGCCAAGUGACACACGCCAGACUGACAGGGGUAGAACCACAUUUGGAACCGGCUUCAGAACCAGGCCCCAAAACCAACUGCAUUGAACGGGACUAGUUAAAACCGUGGCAACC